GUACUGGAAGUGGUCGGCGCCACUGGAUCCACCAUGGUCUCGUACAUUUUGAACUGCCUCUUCUGUUUCUUGGCGUUGCAGCAUCAGUGCAUGAGCGAGGUCCGUCACCCGCAGUUGCUACUCCAGUUAGUCUUCCUAGUCCUUUGGUUGAAAGUUCAUCCGGAGACCAUUUGGACGCAGGCACAGAUGAUCGAGGACUCGGAGGAGCUUCCUCCAUUGGAACGGGAAGGAAGUGACCCCUCCGGUUAUUUCGCAGGUUCCUUACUUACCUUCAGGAACUCUGUGAGAACGGCAAUUCUGGCGUUCGACACGAGCAUGGAAGGCCACUUGGGCCCAUGGCUCUCGAAAGCCUUUGUUGCAAGGGGGUCGGAUUCGCUGGAGUUGGCCAGGGAUAGUGGGAAUUUCCCCAGGCGAGUCAUUGACAGGUAUCAGGAACUCCCUGCUUUUAGAACAUUUGACUUUCUAUGGGAAGGGGUUGAGACGGCUUUGCGCGCAUCUGCACCAGUGCCAAAGGCUAAGGCUGCAGCGGCAAUGGUAGCUUUCUUAGGAGGUUUGGGGCCUGUUGUGGGUUUGACAUCUACGUUGGAUCCUACUUCCACCGGUUUCUUGGAUUUCAUUGGCGAUACCGGAGCCGGGGAGGCCCCUGAAAUCCUUUCAGCCUUGAAGCGGUUGGGAUUUGACAGUGACUUGAAUCCCCAACCUUUUGACCCCAAAGGGGAACCAGCGUUGUUUUUGGGUGCUGAGUUGAAUGGUGGCAUGAAAUUCAAGGGUCUCUACAGAGUCCUGCCGUUGGCUGCUUUCAAGGAAGGGUCCAUGAGGGAGAGGGCUGUAAGGACACUUGCAAUUCCUCCAGGCCCAUGGCAGUUUCCUGCUAAGGUGGAAGGAAAGGAUUCACUGAAGCUGGACCCAAUGCCAGGGUACCUUGGGGACUUUAGGGAUGAGAAGGGUGAUGAAAAGGAUGAACAUGCUAAUUGGGAAAAAGAACUUGCACAGUUUCACAAAGAAAUGGAAGAAAUGGCAGAAAACAAGGGUGAUGAUAUCAGCCCUGCGAGAACCGCGGGUGGUACCAAAGCUCAUUCCGAAACAAAUUUGAAAGGUAAAGCAGAAGCUUCCAAGGAAGUAGGGGCUAGGUCGCUAGGUGUUUGGGAUGAGAGCAGAGCAAUCGAGGUGGAUGAGUUGAUGAAUAGGUAUCUUGGCCGGGAUCACUUAAUUUUUGAACUCGGGAAGGGCAAGACUGUCUUUAUGGCAAUGACUGAUUAUGCCAAGUCAGCCUAUGAAAUGUAUGAACAUGAGUUUGGAGUGUUGAUUGAGUUCAGCGCUUUUGGCAUCAUGCGCCGCGCUGCUGCUUCUAUCAGCAUUGCAUGCCUUCGCUGCGGACG